UCUGUAUUAGUCUCCCUCUGCACUUUGCUGUGCUAACCUGUCUGGAGUAAACACAGAAACAAUAUUUUGGGUUGUUGGAUGAAACUACCGGUUGCAAUGAUACAUUUUAAAGGAGGGGCACUGCCACUGUAAAUCUGCAGAUUAGUGUAGUCUGCACUUACUUAUCCAGUAGUUGUUAUUAAGCUGCUAUAGAGAACCUUAGGAGGAUAGGAAACAUGUUUGCAGAAUACUUAAUAUUUUAAUGCAUUUAAUGCAUUUAAUAUGAUUAAUUCCAAAAGGAGGAUGUCCAUCUCUGGGAGUAUAAACAGGGAAAUGGAAUUAAUUUAAGAAAAUUCUUAUUCCUUAAUAAACUGGGCAUAACAAUUCCCGAUAGCAGAUCCGAAAAUUAAUGUAUAUUUAAAGAUAACAUUUUAUUUGACUUAACCUUUACUAAAGAUGGGACAGCAUUUGAGCGAGGAAUCGAGCAAAGUAGAGAUUGAUGUGGAGGAGCUCCAGGAAUGGUACAAGAAAUUUGUGGUGGAAUGCCCCAGUGGGACCCUAUUCAUGCAUGAAUUCAAGCGCUUUUUUGGGGUGGCAAACAACCAAGAAGCAGCCGAUUAUGUGGAGCACAUGUUCAGAGCCUUCGACAAAAAUGGGGAUAAUACUAUAGAUUUUUUGGAAUACGUGGCAGCUUUGAACCUUGUGUUAAGAGGAAAGUUAGAGCACAAGCUGAAAUGGACAUUUAAAGUGUAUGACAGAGAUGGGAAUGGCUGCAUAGACAAGAGAGAACUUCUAGAAAUAAUUGAGUCCAUCUAUAACCUGAAAAAAGUCUGUCGUGACGGACAAGAUGAAAGAACUCCCUUGCUUUCUCCAGAACAAGUCGUAGAGAGGAUAUUCCAGUUAGUGGAUGAAAAUGGAGAUGGCCAACUGUCCUUAGAUGAGUUUGUUGAUGGAGCACGCAAAGACAAAUGGGUGAUGAAGAUGCUCCAGAUGGAUGUGGGUCCAGGAUCCUGGAUUACUGAACAAAGAAGGAAAAGUGCUCUCUUUUAAUGGAAAGCUGAGACGCCAAACUGAACACUAGAGUGGUGAAGAGUUUUAACACUUGAGAGAUAAAGUGGAAUCAGUCAAGCCAUGAAUUUAUGAAACUAUGCACAGACAAAACACACAAUUGUAUAAAUCUUAAAAGAAUUGUUGUAGUAUUGUUAGAUAAUUGAAAUUUGAGAUGACUCAUUAUUACAUAUAUGUUCUCUAGCUGUUUUAUAUUGCAAAUGUAGACAUCUGUGAAUAGUGGUCACUAAACUUGUAAUCUGAACUUCAGUUCGUUUGUACAGUAACAAAUAAUAGUUGUAGCCAACCUCAUCCUUAUCAGAGGGAUGUCGUUAACUUUCAAUAAGCUUAGGCAGAUGUUUGGUCAGUCUGUGUGAUAGUGUGUACAGAACAGGUGCAUGAAAUCAUGUAUAAAUAUAUAUAUAUUAUGCCUUCAGGUUAGGGUUGCUGUUACUUUAGUCAAUUCCCUAGGGCUUUGUUUAGCUUGAGAGAAAUUGCACAAUGAUUUACAUAUAAAUAUUAAAAUGAGGUCCCCACAGUUAAAAUUAAUGUGGGGCCAGUGCAAUAUAGCAAUCCGUUAACGUAAGGAUUUAAAAGACAACAGUCGAAAGUUCAGAUAGACACAGCAACACCACACAGAAUAUUUAUUAAGACAGUACUUAUUUAUAAUCCCUUUAGUAUGUAAAGUAACAUUUAAAAGUAAAGAUAGUUUUUGUAUUUUCUUUCAUUGCCAAACCUUUCUAGACCAUCUUAUACACCACUUAUACCAUAUACAGCAAAGAGCCAUGUCUUUAUUUGUCCCCCCCUCAUGGGUUGUGCCUGCAACUCACAGGUGUAAUGCUUUGUGCUCCAAGAAUGUAACACAAAGUGGUGGCAUUGAUAGAGCAUGCCAGCACUGCAUACUGGAUGGAAAGCACAUGGCAUCCCCUGCCAGACCCCUUCCAUGUAAGUUAUGAAUGCCCUGCAGAGAAGGAAUGCCAAGUGAUGCAAGAUGCAAAGGAGCCCUUUACUUGACAAAUUCUUAUGGCCUGAAAAAGGUGCAGAAUCUUCAAUUGGCUUUAGGUGCAAGUGGUUUCUUAGAGGUGCAGUUGUGAACCCCAUUCUGGCACUUGCACCAUGCCCAUAUGAAAGAACCUAGCAGUGCAUUCAUUCUUGUUCCAGGCCAUCUAGUGAAAUUAGAGUAACAUAAUUAUAUUGUUACUGAGAGCUGAGGUUAAAAAAAAAUACAUAUGACCAUCAUGUCCAAACUUUUGCACAACAAAGUCAUGCCAAACUUGUAGUCAUGUUCUCUUUCAGGUCCAUUUUGAUAGCAGAUAUUCUGCACAAGAUCCUAUAAGGGCUUUCAGUUCUAAGAAUUUUAUCCUGUUUUAAGGGGUUUUAACUAGAAAACACAAUUUAUUGAUAUUUUUACCUGUUUUAGAAAUAUUUAAAAAACACAACUUGUUAAAUCACCCAAGUAGCACGCGGGAAGCCCCAAAAUAGUAUUGUGGUCAAUAAGUAUUGACUAUGAACAUGAAGUGAUUAGAAUCGAUGAUCCCAUUAAAGUGCAAUAUACUGUAAAAAAAUGUAUAACCAUAAUGAGAAUUGAAAAGAAAUCAUAUCUCCUAUCAUGAUUAAUUAUCCAUUCAAGUUUCUUCCUAAUGCCAGUGAUUGACUGAGAAAGACAUAUUUAAUAAACCCCCAUCCCAAACUAAUUGCUAUAAAUGCCUUAGUUCUAUGGAAAACAGAUAUUAAUCCCAUCUGAGUAGUUACCAAACUUAACUUCACCUCUAGGCAGGAUGUAAUCCAAUACCAAUGGAUUUCCGUUGAUCGGAUUUCUUAAGUGUUCUAAAUUAGAAAGCUAAGGAGCAAGGAAGAGGCUAGAAAGGUCAAUGUGACGGCCAGUUGUCAAGAGCAUUCCUAAAUAAAUGUAAAUAUUAAAUA